AUGGAAAUUAUGCCAGUAGAAACUAAAAAACGAAUUCAUGAGUUUUCUUAUGCAUAAAAAGUGUCUAAUUAGAUUUCUCCUGAUAAAUCCCAUAUAAAACUUAAUGAAUCCUUAUUUAAAGCAAAAAUAAUGGAAAAAUAAUCUUGCACAUUAAUAAAAGAUAUUUAAAAAGACCUGUAAAUGAAAAUUUAGAAAUACGAUUCCUUAUUAAAAUAAUGUAGUACAUUUUAAAAUAUAUCAAAUUCUUAACCAAAUUCUCCUCCAUUAAAAUAAAAUUAAGAAGAAUUUUAAGAAGUUACUUAACAGUAAAAUCAAAUACAAUCUAAAGCAGAGAAACUAUUAAUUGAUUUUGCUCAUUAAACUUGUUUUAAUAAACUUCAUCGAGAAUCUCUUCCAAUAGAUAAACUUGAUGAAUAAAUAUCAAAUUUCACAAAAGAAAAGGCUUUAUUCUAAUCAAAUGAUAUUUCUCCUAUCAAAGAUAAAUAAAAUAUUAACUCAGUUUGUUUUAAGAGAAACAAUACCUAAAAUGCAACACCAAAAUAAAAAUCUUCUGCCACUGAGUUUUUUGGUAAAAGCUAUGCAAAACUUCAUGUCAGCAAAUCAACUUCAGCAAAUAAAAAUAAUUUAUUUGAAUCCAAAAAUUAAGUUUAAUCUUCGAAAGAAGCAAAAUAAAAAAUAAAAAGUGAUAUUUAAAAAGCAUAAUAAAGUAAGAAAAAAUUGACGGAAAUUACGGAUUCUACAUUAAAACCAAGAAAAAAGGAUUCAGAUACUAAUAGCAAAACUAGAAUAAAAAAAAGUAUAAAAUAAAAAUAAAGCAUAAAUCUUUGUGUAAAUACAGAUCUAAAGGAUGUUAUUCAUAUCAUCAAUGAUUUAGAUAUCUUUAAUAGUCGAUUCAAAAAAAAGUAAUGA